GAAAACGGAUGCGGUGUACAACGCAUGCGGCAAUCGUUUUCUUAAUCUGUCGAUGUCUGAAAUACUAGUGAUUGCCGUGCAGGAGCGCCAGUACCGUGUUCUGUACGGAUAUGUUUUGUGGUACUUUUAAAAAAAGUGAGAUUACUUUUAUUUCAAUGUAAAGCAGACAACACAAAUUGAACAUUCGCGCUUCAAAAUAACUGCCCACUCCUGCCCACUUGAUUGGUUGUUUUCAAAAUUCGUGUUUUUGCAUGCAAUUUCGUAGUGCGUACGAGAUUGACGUGAACCCAAAUUAUUGUAAAUUCUAUUCAGAUUUACGCUUCAACAAGAAAAACGAAGGAAACGGUAAAAAACAUGAUUUAAAAAUGCAACCGCUAGAGGCGCUCUACAAUAUAUAGUCCACCUUGUGCCGGUUGGCCUACUUUUUCAUAGGUAUUUGGUUCCACUUUCUUCCUCCCUCCGCCGUCAGUUUCGUGAAAAGUUCGACCCGCUUUGGGUCUCUCUUUUACUAUGUGUUGUAUUGGCUAGCUUUCUCCUUUUCCUUUCCGGAAAGUUGACAUCCUAUGCCAUGGCUGCGAAACUUUCGUUUCUCUCAGAAUGAAAUCGUUGCUGAAUUUCGCCAAAUCUACUUUUUCAGCAUUGAUUUAUCUUCUGUGUUUACUAUCCUUCUCAUUCUGUUUACACAGUUGACAUUUUAAAUUUUACUCGGGAGGCGUGAGAGACGGUGAAAGUCCUUUCACCUCCUACCAGAUCAAAAAUGUUUCUCAUCACCAGGCUUCGCAAGAGUUUCUUGAUGAGAAUAUGCCUAACAUUGGCGGUGGUCUCUCUCCUCUGGCUUCAUGUUGGAGUUUUCAUUUACCGUGGAGCUGAAAUUGAUUUUGAACAUAGGUCUAAUAGCAGCUCAGUUUUACUAAAUCAUCCAAACUUCAGUAAUAUAGAACUUGCCAAACCGACAAACCUGACGAUCCCGGAAUUAAUGGAAAAAAUUACCAUAGAGAAUAAUGAACAGAAAAUAUGGAAUUCAAAACAUGUUUCUUGGCCACCAGUUAAUGAAACUGAAUUUUGGCCUAAAGGAAUUGUUAUUACAAUUCAGGUGCACAAUCGAAUAUCUUACUUAAGGAAAUUACUUCGAAGUCUAUCUCAAGCCGCAUGGAUAGAGAGAGCCCUAAUUAUAUUUUCACAUAACAUUUACAGUGAAGAAUUGAAUGAUAUUAUCCAGUCCAUUCCCUUUGCAGCUGUGAUGCAAAUCCAUUUCCCUUAUUCCACUCAACUAUUUCCGUACUCGUUUCCGGGAGACUCUCCCUCCGAUUGUCCGAGGGAUAUCAACAAAGAGCGAGCUAUUGCAGUCGGUUGCAGCAACGCCCAAACUCCAGAUUUAUAUGGCCAUUACCGUGAAGCGCGCUACAGCCAAACGAAACAUCACUGGUGGUGGAAAGUCAACUUCAUAUUCGGAAAAAUUAAAGCUCUUCGCGAUUACAAUGGCCCAGUCGUUUUCAUGGAAGAGGACCAUUACGUCGCUGAAGAUUUCUUACAUAUUCUGUGGCUCCAACAAAAACUACUUAAUGGAGGAUCUGAUUGUAGCUUCUGUAAUCAGGCUCACAUCUUGUCACUGGGUUCCUACCCGAAAUACUUUAAUCAUCGUGAAGCAUCGAAUAUGGUUGACUUGUUACCUUGGUCAUCGAGCAAGCACAACAUGGGAAUGGCGUUCAAUCGAUCAGUGUGGAUAAACUUUCAGCAAUGCUCUGAGUUGUUUUGUUCUGUUGAUGACUACAAUUGGGACUGGAGCCUACUUCACGUUGCACAACAGUGUUUACCUAAGUUAUUCGGCGAUCCAACUAACUUAAAAAUGAAAUCAAAAUUCAUUUUGGGAGCGUUAGUCUUGAAGGCUCCUCGCGUUUUCCAUAUUGGAGAAUGUGGAGUUCAUCAUAGGAAAGCAAACUGUGGAACUGACACUUCGACGUUGCGAAAAGCGGAGACGUCACUGAGAUCGGCGCGCAAGGCCCAAACACUUUUUCCAUCUACUUUGAAAACUAAAAAUAUGUUGGGGGGCACUAAAGGUAUUCGGUUGAAGAAAGGAAAUGGAGGUUGGGGAGAUCCUCGUGAUAGAGAGUUGUGCCUAUCUCUAACCAUCUUCGACUAGUUUCCACUUGUGAAAUACUACCCUAGUACGAGUUAGGGUGAAUUCAGGUCAGCUUUAGCUGUCAUCCACCAGGUAUAGAUAUAGAACAAAUUAGUACGGGCAAUAAGUACUUUCGACUUAACGGGUCAUUAUUCCCGAACGAGUUUAGUUUUGUGGAGACCACUUAUUGUGAUACGAAAAAAAAAAAGAGUCAUGUCGACAUGACAUCCAUUCAGUUGUAAAAUUUGGUACCUCCGACGGUCCUAACCGAAAUCUUUUGAACAAAUUUCUUUGAAAUUGCACAAGAAAAAGAAAACGAUUUUUAUUUCGUACGCACACAUCCUAAUGAGCUUACAGUCUGGUUAUGUGCAUCAACUACCAAAGUCUCACAAGGAAUGUUUGUGCUAUAAUGGACGUUACACAUUCUUUUCUGGAUUUGUCAGUGGUCACCGUUUUUAGAUUUCCGUGUUUUUGGUUACUGACUUUCAAGUAAUGCGAUCGACAGUGCCUUUUGAUGUACCCGACACCUAAUUAUAGAAAGAAAACAAGAGACUAUUUCUAAAAAUACGUAAGUCAUCGUAUAUUUGUAGAUAAAAUCGAAAUGUUUCAUUUUUGACUAGUCAAAUCAAAUCCCUGUCACAUAGCCUUCUUUUGCGUCCCGUCUUUAAAAAAAGUUGUGUGGGUGUUUCUAAAUGUACCCUAGCUGUUGGUGUAUUUUUAAAUUCAAAUGAAUAGAAAUGUUUGGUGUAA